GAUACCAGUUGUUCACACCUCGCUCUCACAGUUCCCCUUCCGAUUGUUUGAAACUGCGGUGAUCGUGUUUAUCUAUUCUACGUUCAAACACUCGUCACUGGGAUCAGCUGGAACAAUCAUCUCUGUUUGGCCCGAACAACAAACAGUGCGAUAAAAACAAAAGCAGAAUACAAACCUACAUAUAGAGUAUAUGAAAGCGCACACUAUAUACGCAUAUUUAUAUUUAUCGCAACAAUAAACAAAGCUCUCGGGGAUCUCCCCGCCUCCGACACCACCGCGCCGCCGCCGACGACACGAGAAAGAGAAUCGCGAAAAGGCAGCGCCAGACGACGCCACCAUGGCAGUCAUCAUAAGCCUGCUGGUACUGGUUACCCUAUCGGCCAGUCUUUCCUCAGCCGGCACCUUCAACGCUCGUCCCGCGUUCCCCGUUCAAACCGGCCAGAUCCAGCCCUCGGGUCAGAACAGCAAACAACCCGGCAGACGCAUUAUGCAUCCGGCUUUCGCCAAUGCUGGCCAAUCUCCCGGCCUGGAGAUCUGGCGUAUCGAGAACUUCGAACCCGUUGCUUAUCCGAAAAAUAACUAUGGCAAGUUCUACACUGGAGACUCAUUUAUUAUUCUAAAUACAAUUGAAAACAAGAAAGACAAGAAACUCUCCUGGGACGUACAUUUCUGGCUGGGAUCCGAGACCUCUACCGAUGAGGCUGGAGCUGCUGCUAUUCUCACCGUUCAGUUGGAUGACUUGUUGAACGGAGCUCCUGUUCAGCAUCGUGAAGUGCAAGACCACGAAUCUCAGUUGUUCCUUGGCUACUUUAAGAAUGGCGUUCGCUACGAGCAGGGUGGAGUUGGAACUGGCUUCAAGCACGUGGAGAUUAACGCUCAGGGACAGAAGCGUCUCUUCCAGGUCAAGGGCAAGCGCAACGUUCGUGUCCGACAGGUGAACCUAUCCGUAUCGUCCAUGAACAAAGGAGAUUGCUUCAUUUUGGAUGCUGGCAACGAUAUCUAUGUCUAUGUGGGUGCCCAGGCCAAGCGCGUGGAGAAGCUCAAGGCGAUCAGUGCUGCUAACCAGAUCAGGGACCAGGAUCACAACGGACGUGCCCGUGUCCAGAUCAUCGAUGACUUCAGCACUGACGCUGAUAAGCAGCAGUUCUUUGAUGUGCUUGGAUCCGGCUCUGCCGACCAGGUGCCCGAGGAGUCGACGGCCGAGGAGGAUGGAGCCUUUGAGAGGACCGACGCUGCCGCCGUCACUCUCUACAAGAUCAGCGAUGCUAGUGGCAAGCUGGUGGUUGACACGAUUGGCCAAAAGCCUCUGACCCAGGCCAUGCUCGAUACACGCGACUGUUUCAUUCUGGACACUGGCUCUGGCAUCUUUGUGUGGGUCGGAAAGGGUGCUACGCAGAAGGAGAAGACCGACGCCAUGGCUAAGGCACAGGAGUUCUUGCGCACCAAGAAGUACCCGGCCUGGACUCAAAUCCACCGAAUUGUUGAGGGCGCCGAGUCCGCUCCGUUCAAGCAGUACUUUGCCACCUGGCGUGAUGCUGGCAUGUCGCACACUCGUCUCAUCCGCUCGGCUUUGGCCAUGGGAUCCGAUGACUCCAUUGAUGUCGACGAGAUUGAUGCUGUGGUGACUCAGCUAAAGAAGAGCGGCGGUCGCGCCAUUGGAUUUAUGCCGGAUCAUGGCCAAAACGCUAUUGAAACCAUCACACAAUAUGUGGCGAAGGCAGGCUCCAGUGAGAUCCUGGUCAACACCGUUCCCUUCGAGGAUAACCUACCUCUUCUGGGCUUUGGCUCCUAUGUUCUCACUUACAACUACGAGGCCAACAAUGGGGAACAGGGUUCCAUUGUCUACGUGUGGCAAGGAGCUAAAACCACCGCCGACGUCAAGGAGCGCGCUUUCCAGGAUGGUCUUGCCCUCGCCGCUGAGAAGAACGCUCUUCUUGUGCUGACCACUCAGGGCCAUGAACCUCGUCAUUUCUAUAAGAUCUUCAAGGGUAAGCUUCUAGCCUCCUACACCGCUCUGCCAGUGACGGCACAGCUGUUCCGCAUUCGCGGAACCGUUGAGAGCGAUAUCCACGCCAGCGAGGUGCCCGCCGACAGUUCGUCAUUGGCCUCUGGAGAUGCCUUUGCCCUCGUCUCUGCCAAGUCGCACAAGAUCUACAUUUGGAACGGCUUGGGCGCCUCUACUUUCGAGAAAAAUGCAGCAUUGGAGCGCUUCGCUCACUACUGGGACGAUGCCGAGGUAGAGCAGGUCGAGGAGGGAGCCGAACCCGAUGACUUCUGGGAAGACUUGAAUGGCGAGGGUCAAUAUGACCGCAGCUUGGUUGAUCAUGGUCGCCCGCUCCUGGAGCCGCGCCUCUUCCACUGCCGCCUCAUUGUCAAUGGAUUGGUGAAGGUCGAGGAAGUGGCCAAGUACGAGCAAGAGGAUUUGGACUCUGAUGAUGUCAUGUUGCUGGAUGCCGGUGAUGAGAUCUAUCUGUGGGUUGGUUCCGGUGCCUCUGAGGAGGAAAAUGCCAAGAUUCUGGACAUGGCUAAGCGCUAUAUCAGAUUAGAGCCCACUGAUCGCUCCAUGGCCACCGUGAGCAUAAUCCGUGUUCCUCAGGGACAGGAGCCGCGAGUCUUCAAGCGAAUGUUCCCCGAGUGGGACGAUACCUACUGGCAGAAUCUGCAAUCCUACGAAGACGUCAAACAGAAGGUUUUGGAUGCCAACAAUGAGGUCUAGGUGUAAUACUUUAAUUCUCAGCAAAAUGUACCAAAAAUGUUGUUUGUUUUUGCCUUACGAAAACUUCUAUUAUGAUAUAACUUUAUAAUAAAACAAACAACUUUGCAAUGUAUGUACAUA